UUUGCCACCUCUUGCGUUCAAUUUGGUGCUAAUCAAUAUAUCUGUCCAGGUGUUCGUCGAGCUUUAGCAAACUAAAAGUUGACCCGGAUGUUACUUUGAUGAGCUUUUCUCCUAUUUUUUCCGCGGAUGACGAUGGCAGUGGUGUUUGGUGGAGGCUUUCCCUUGCUGAAAUACGGCGCUCCGUUCUCCCUGGUGGUGGUGCUAGUGGCGUACUGGCUGCGGCCGCCUGUUCACGGUCCUCUCGACGUCCGGCUCGAUAACGUGCUGUCGUCGCUGCUGCGAGCCGAGCGCAAGGCGGGAGUGGACCACGUCGCGAGACCCCGCGUGGCCAUAGGAUUUGGAGGCUGUGUGGACAUCACAGUGGAUGGUGUGAUGCUGUUAAACAAGAUUGGCCUGCAACCCAGCGGUCAGCCCGUCCACCACAACUACAUAGAGAAUGCGCAACAGCUGGUGGAGAGUUUUGCUUACUUCUUCCCACCUGGUGCGGCGUCUGAGAGGUAUGUCCUGAAUGACACCCUUUUUAGUCAGCUGGUUGAGGCCUCGCGGGAGAUUCCUGGAAACCGCUGGUCUGUAGGAGGCAAUGCACCUGUAAUGGCAGGCCGAAUGGCGAUGGAAGGUUGUGAUGUUCUCCUGGGGGCCAACUUCAGUCCAGAUCUGACCGAUGUGCUGUCACAGCACAUUAGUGUGGUAGGCAGUGUAAUAGAUGAGCCUGAUAUCCACCUCAUUUUGGAGUAUCCCUCAGGUGCCACAUGGGGGCAAUACACUUCCAAAAGGGCUAACAGGUACAUUGUGCACAGUGAUGUCCACAACCCAUACCUUGCUUCUAUCCAAGAGUUUGAGGAGAAGCUAAAGGACUUCCAGCCUGAUCUUCUUGUGAUUGGUGGCUUGCAGAUGAUGGACAACUUUCCUUUCAAACUUGGUGAACGAGAGGUCUUGCUGAGUCAUCUGGCAAGACUGUUGUCCUCGGCGGCUCCAAAUACCAGCGUGCAUUUUGAGAUGGCUAGCUUUGUGGAUGAGGGCCUUUUGGGGGAGCUGCUGAAGCGAGUUCUGCCACAUGCCGACUCACUUGGCAUGAACGAGCAGGAGUUGCCCAAUUUGCUGAGCCUACUACGCGGUGAGAGUGUGACAGUCCUAUCAGACCCGAACCCACGCGUGGCCACUGUGCUAGACCAGAUGCGUGAGUUGUACCGCCUGGUGAAUGAGCACCGACACAUGAUCCCAUCUAGCCGCCAGCUUACUCGCCUGCACGUGCACACCCUGGCCUUUCAGGCAAUUAUAGUCACUCGUGGCUCAUCAUGGAAGAACAUUAUGUCAGCCACAGCAAAAGCCUCGCUCACUGCCAAUAGGCACGUGUGUGGUUCUCCAGAGAUUGACCCUGGCAAGGCCAAGCUUAUCAUGGAUGAGUCCUUCUCUAUCAGUCGGCAGGAGGGAAGCCAGCGCAUCCCUUUACUGGAAACCAGACCUGUGUCUUGUUGGGAGGAAGACGACUACAAGAUCUGUGUGGCACCUGUGCUGGUGUGCACUGAUGUGUACCAGACAGCUGGGGGCGGCGACAACAUCUCUGCCGCAGGCCUGGUGCUACAGAUCUGAGGUUUCUCUUCAAGGCUUCGGGGCACAUAAUCCAGUGAAUCUCAGAUUUAACAGAACAGUUUUCCCUUCUCAUGUGAACAUAUUUAUGCAUUUCUUUCAUCUUAAGUUCCAGUUGUAAGUUUGUAUCAGAAAUAUUUAGGUUUGUGUGAAUGUCUUCAUUCAGUGAUUCAUUGAGUUUAUGGAGCUAUAAAGUUCCUUCCUAAUUUUUUUUCCCCCCUCCCCGAGCAAUCUUUCGUAGAAAAAAUACAUCUUGAUUUGAGUCAACCUGAACAAUCUAUUAUAGCUAGUCUAAUUUUAUAAAUCAGUUCAUAAUAUCUGUAUCUGGACAAUUUUUUUAAAAAAGUGAAAAUAUUGGUAAAGAUCUUAAUGGGGAUAACUAUCACCUUAUUUGUGGCACCUAUAACCAAAUUAAAAUUUGGUGAACUUGUGUAUCAGGUUACAUUUUAUCAAUUUCCCCACUCAUUCCUUACUAUAUCUUUAAGUCAAUAUGAGCAUUCCAGAAGCAAAUUUACUAUUACCACUGUGUGCUUUUCCUUUUUUGCCUUGUUCAGCUGAAAGUUAAUUCUUUUUUUCUUUUUUUUUUUUUUAAACUAAGUGAUCCAGUGGUCUGUGAUGGCAAAGGCAGCAUUCCGAUAUGCGUUGAUUUCAUUCUUUCCUCUAGAUGGGGAGUUUGAGAUUAUAAAAUGUUCCCCAAUCUGUUUUAAGAGAUUUUUAAAAAUGGGUUUUUAACUUGUACCUCCUGUUACAAACAUCAAGAAUUUUGAAACUGGGAAAUUUUUCUUAAGUUUUACUUGUUUCUUAAACCUUUUGUUUCCUAAAUAUUCCCUAGUUGCAGAGUGAAAAAUACCCAGUGUUUCUGCUUGCUGAUAUUAUAUGAAGGAAAACAAGCUCAAAUGGUGCUGUGGUGCAGCUUUACAGAUCCAUUUUGUCAACAUAUUCUUUGACAUUUCUGAGACUUUACAUAAACUACCCAAUGACUAAUUAGAGGUAUAGCUUAAAUUUCUUGAUUGCAAACUGAGCAUGUUUGUUAGGAGGCAACCAUUUUGAUACACGACCAGUUUUGUUGUGCCCUUGGUGGCAACUGUGAGGCAUAGUAUUUUAAAGUGAAACACUUUUUAAUAUAUUCGCUCCAUGCUGUCCUCUGUUACACUGCUGCUCACUCUCCUUGCUCUACUCCACUUUUUGAUUUCCUCUGUGGCACCUGAUAUGCACUAGAAGCAUGGCAUUUGAAACAGAACACAUUUGGUCCCAGGCUGUGGACAUGGAUACAAGUGAUUUUUAAACUAGACUUUAAAGUUAAGAGGACAACUGAUAUCCUAUCCUGCCUCCUCCCUUGUGCUUCCACACAGAGGUUGACAGCUCAUCCAAUGCAGGGUCUGAUGAAAAUGGAAUGAAUGUCUUGCAGGAUUUUAUGUGUUUGUAAGGUGAGGUACAAGUGUAUUUUUUGCAUUCAGUGAGUAUGUAAAAUCUGUGGAUUAUUCUUUUAAUAUGUCAAACUAUGAGUUGUAUCAGUGGGGCUGAAGCUAUAAUUCAGUGUGGGUUUUUAAGACUGGAAUUGGUCAGCUUGGCUCUUGGCCAGAUAAACUGCUUCAUUCAUUUAUUAAUUGUAUGAGUUUUUUGCAUUUGAGUUAAAUCCCAGGUCUAAAUUGAAAACAACUGAACAUUUGAAUCAUUCCAUGAUUACCCAAAUUUAUUCAUUAGUGGUUUGUUCUUGGGUUUUUCUGCCAACAGUAUGAUUGAGCCAACUUCAUUUUAAUCAUGUCACAGCAACAGGUCACUGUUUUGCUGCAUUUUUAAUAUACCUCCUGUGCCUCAAUGCACAACUGAUGCUGGGUACAAAUUAAUGUCUUUUCAAAUUGAAUAAUGUUGUCUGUCAAUUUCUAAUCCUUUAGAAUAUUCAAUUUAUAGUAUAAACCUUGCUGAGAGGAAAUUGUUCUGGUGAAGGGUAGUAAUGUAGCAUUUUGCUCAAGUAAGUUUGCAUAAAGCUUACAGUUGAAGAACAGUUCUGCUUAUUCAUGUGUCUCCUCAGCAUUAUAAGCAGUACAAGUAGCAGGAGGUGAUGUAAAAAGGAACACUUCAGAGUUUCUGCUGGUGGAGUGCAGGCAUGUGAGACCAACAGCUUCAGCAAAUGCACUUAUGUCAGCUUGGUUUUUUGAUAAUACCACUCAGGGAUUAACAGGCUAGAGAAUAGAUGGCGAUGUUCAACAUUAACUUUUUUCCAGUCUAAAACCACUUGCUUGCCUCAUAGCCAAUACUGUUUCUGCAGACUAAGAAUAUUCUGUGUCACUAAGUGUUCCAUUGCAUAGUGUUUUCUCAUUUCAGGAUAUUCUUUCUCCUAGAUUGUAGCCUUAUCCAAAGGAGCUGCGUCUGUAGUCCAGUGUAGUGUAAUUGAUGUUUAAAAUGGCUGGAACAGAAGCUGGGCUGUGGACAUUCCAGCCUUUUGGAGCACUGCUUCUGUCCACUAGACAACAAUGUCAUACAACUGUCAAAUCCACAAGGUAGAUUCACAUUCCCCACUGUACCCAGUUUGCAAGCCAUCCUUUUGCAUUGUAUGCUGCUGAACCAUGUUUGGUCUAGAACUUGAGCUAUUCAAACUGCUCAGAAGGGAAGUGACUAUUUGUUCAGCCAAUUCACUGCUUGUCUGUCUGCAUA